AUGUUCUCGUCGACACCAACUUCCUCGGCAUCACGUAGUCCUCCCGCUUCGAGCAUGUCGUGGGUGUCGCGCUUCCUGCUCGUGACGCUUUGCCUGGCGUCAAGUGCGUUAGGCGCCGUCGUCCCGUCCGAGGAUACGUUGCCAGCACUUACACCUGGUCAGCGGGGUUUGGGAGCGCACUACAAGUCUGCCAUGGCAUCAGGAGAUGCGGACUUGAGGAAACGGCAAGAAGACGACGACGAAAGCAGCACAACAACAAUACGACGAGCAACGCCAACAACCACAACCGCGUCCGAGAGGACCACUGCUGCUAGUACUGCCCGUCUCUCCAUAACUCCACCAAGCUCCAGCACAGAAGUGCCCGCCGCGCUCCCGUCACCAUUCGACAGCAGCAUGGCCUCUACAUUCACCAACACAGACAACGCUGCCUGCCCAAAUUUCAUUAAUGCUCUCCUUUCUAAUUCCGACUUUAAGAAAUGUUAUCCCAUCUCUAUGCUGCUUUUGAGCUCUAAUGGAUUCUUCGAGGCGAGCAAGAGCCUUGUCAACAUUGUCCGCGUCCUUGACGCCGGCUGUGAAGUCGACUUUGACUUUUGCAAGACACAUCUUGGCUCCUUGGCCGAGCAGCUCGUCAAAGACGAAAAUUGUGGGCCCGAUUACAAAAAGGGACACGCCGUUGUUCGCGAUGCCUACGUGGCCUCACAACCUACGAAACGGUCUACAAAGCGACAUGCCUACAGAGCAAAGACGACGCCAUGUACUGCUACGCUACCGCCACCACAUUCAAUGACGCUUCGAAUAUCUACCCAUACCACCUGCCAUUCAACCUGA